AUGGCUUCAGGGAACUUGGGUCCAAGAAGCAACCAGAAAUUGGAAGGGCCUGCUUUGACCACUGCCUCUCCCAAUGGAAGGCAGCCACCGGAGCAACCUCCCCAGAUCGAGGACGCUUCCAGGCUGCGGUCUGGGGUCCCCCGCUCCGGUGGCCCUGGGUCUGGGACAGACGACACUGUCACCAUGAGCAAGAGGGAGCCAGAAGUCGUUGGACCUUCUGCGCCCCGUUCCUCGAGGCUCGGUAAUUAUGAAGUGGUGGAGGGAAAGGGGGGCCCGAGUGUGGAGGAACCAGAUGUGGAGGCGCCUGGCUCCUACAUGGGAAGGGAAGGGCGGGAGGCAGAGAGCAUCUCUCGGCACAGGGAGCCUGGAGUGCCAGGGAUGGCCUUGGAGAGGGACAGACUGCCAGGCCAGGAGGUGGUGACAUUCAAGGAUGUAGCUGUGGACUUCACCCAGGAGGAGUGGCGCCUCUUGUCCCCUGGUGAGAAGGAGCUGUACAAGGAGGUGAUGCUGGAGAAUGCCCAGAACCUGAUCUCUGUGGGGAUUCCAGCUGCCCCAGAAGACAUGAUCUCUUAUUUGGAGCAGAGGAAAGCCCUGUGGAUGCUGGAGCAAGAAGGCCUGAGGAGCUGCUGCCCAGAAGGAGAGAACAGACCCCAAAUCAAGGCGAAUCCCACAAAGGUGAAUUUUCCUGUGGAUGAAAUGGACUUACAAAGAUUCAUGAGUGAUGAUGCUGAUAACAUUGCUUUCAGAGAAUUCUGUGUUGCAUCUCAAAAUUCAAAUCAUAUUGAACAUAAAAGAAUUCACACUGAAGAAAUAUCUAGUAAAAGUAAUCAGCUCAGAAGGACUUUUAUGCAUAGGGCCAGUCUUGCGGGACAGCAAAGAAUUCAUCCUGGGAAGAAAUGUUAUGAAUGCAAGGAAUGUCAAAAGACAUUCACAUGUAACUCCAAACUUGCUGUACAUCAGAGAAUCCACACUGGGGAGAAACCUUAUGAAUGCAAGCAGUGUGGAAAGACAUUCAUAUAUAAAUACUCUCUUGCUUUACAUCAGAGAAUGCACAGUGGGGAGAAAUCUUAUGAAUGCAAGCAGUGUGGAAAGACAUUCAACCAUAGUUCUCAUCUUACUCGUCAUCAAAGAAUCCACACUGGGGAGAAACCUCAUGAAUGCAAGCAAUGUGGAAAGGGAUUUGCAUAUAAAUCCUAUCUUGCUAUACAUCAGAGAGUCCACACUGGGGAGAAACCUCACGAAUGCAAGCAAUGUGGAAAGACAUUCAGAUGUAACUCCAACCUUGCUGUACACCAGAGAAUCCACACUGGGGUGAAACCUUAUGAAUGCAAGCAAUGUGGAAAAUCAUUUGCAUAUAACUGGACUCUUGCUAUACAUCAAAGAGUCCACAGUGGAGAGAAACCUUAUAAAUGCAAGCAAUGUGGAAAGGCUUUUAGUCAUAACUCCUCUCUCUCUGUACAUCAAAGAAUCCAUACUAAUGAGAAGCAUUAUGAAUUAAAGAACUGUGGAAAGACAAUCACACAUAACUUUGAACUUGCUGUACAUCAGAGUCCACACUGGGGAGAAACCUUUUGAAUGCAAGCAGUGUGGAAAGACGUUCAACCAGAGUUCUUAUCUUGAUCAUCAUCAAAGAAUUCACACUGGUAACAAACCUUAUGAGUGCAAGCAGUGUGGAAAGACAUUCAUCCAGACUUCUCAUGUUGCUCGUCAAUUAACAUUCGGAAGAAUCCUUCAGAAUAAAAGUGUUUAUAAGGAAUUGAACACGAGGGGAUGCUGCAAAGGCUGAAGCAGGCAGAUUCCAGAAUUCUGGAGAAGCAACAGGACGGUUCUUAUAACAGAGAGUUAAGCAGGAAGUUGUGUUUGUCUAGUCUUCUAGUGUGGAUCUGGUGAACUAGCUGUUCUCUCUCUAAUGGCUUUCCUUGUGAUCCCCUUACUAACUACCUAUUUCUGUAUAUCUUUGUUGAUGCUGACUGAGACAUUCCUACAGAGCUGCUUGAGACACCUAAAGCCAUCUGUCAGUGAGACCUUCCCUUUUAGCCCUGUUCCUGCUUAUCUUUCAAACCUUACCACCUCUGUCACCAUAUAAGGGGAAUUUGGGUUACUGAAUUGUAUUUUAUUUUAGAAACUGGAACUCUUAGAGAGGUAAUGGACAGUACAGAUACCAUCUCUCUGAAUCUACCAAUUUGAUUGUAUUCGAGGUUUGUAUAUAUUCUUUAUAUAGAUCAUCAGAAUUCUCUUCCCUUCCUUCCCCAAUUUUCAAUAAAUCUGUUUCAAUAGUAUUUGGUAUCAUGUAAGCUUUAUCCUGUUCACCUUCCCUGACCCUGUGUCCAUCUGAUACUAGUUCUAAACAGUCAUUCCUUGACCUACUAAUAUCCCAUUACCGUCAGGUAUCUUUCUUGAAACACUUAUUUUAGCCAUAUACAGUUAUUUUACAAGCUAUGUUAAAAGAUGUUCACCUGCUUCGCCAGUCUUGAUAUUAUGUGAAGGAAAUUUAACCUAUCACCUUUCUGUUGAAGCAUACCAAGCAUGAGCUUAAACUUGACUCAGUGGUGAGGAUUGCAAGAUGGAAUUCAUUGAGUGAGGUUAGGAUGGCAGGCUGAAAAAGGCAACAAUAGAGUCAAAAUCAUGAGACAAGGGCAGGGUGAUGUCUUCUGCUUUGCUUACUUGGACUACCCCUCUGGGCAGACCAGGCAAAAUAGAAAGCUACAGAGGACACCUGAGAUGUGAUUUGUGAAUUAGUGCACAGAGAGAAGUUUUGAUAAACUGAAGCUAAAGUAGAUAACGAAGUUCAUCUCUUUCAGUUGUUGCUGUCUGAACUUCCCUGUGAGCAUGGCUAGGGCACCCUAAUGGUGGCCACAGAAUAUCAAGCUAAUUGGAGUAAUGAUGAAAGUAUAUUUCUCCUAUGAAUUCAUGACCAAAUAAGAAAUAGAUAACAUUAUUAGGGAUAAAAUAGGAAAUUGUUGUUAUAUUAAAUUCUCAAAGGUGUGUACAAACAAAGCGAAUACAAUCAAAGUUACAAGUGGAAACAGGAAGUCAUCAUUGCUUUACAACAAAAUUUCUAACUAAAUACUUUAGUUUUUAAAAAGUAACCUUGUUCUCAAAUGCCUUAAUUCAUAAAUUCAUGGCAUCUAGAUCUAAAGAGGAGUUAAUUUACUAAGGACAUAAUGUCUUUGCUCAAUAGAAAUCACUUCUAAAUAGUAUCAUUUUCUACAUAAUGUUUUCCCAAAAUUCCUACAAAGCAAAAAUUAAAAGUCAAAGUUAUAUUUGAGAUUUCAAAUAUGAAAUAAAAUUAUCGCUAUUCCAA